ACUGGGUUUCAGUAUCUUGAGUAUUUCAUAUUUAUUAUAUAGUAUCAAAUCAGAACAUUGCAGUUGCUUAUUCUGUCCCACAACUUAUUUACAUUAUGAACUGUUUUGCAGCAGCUGUCUGUAUUUGUGUUCAUACAAGUAAAAAUAAGUCAAGUCAUCUUCAUUUAGAGCUUUUCACAAUACAGAUUGUUUCAAAGCAGCUUCACAGUGACAAUAGGAAAAAUAUUUGACAGAGACUGUUUUGGAUUUACAGCAGUGCUAAAAAAGGGCUUGUUUAGUUUUGAAAUAUGCAGCUCUGUAAGGAAUAUACAGUACAGUAAGUGCACUGCAGAGCUUAGAAACAAAGUAAUUGUGGUUUGAACGUGGUCAACAAUGAAGGUGUUUAUUUCUGUUUCUCACAGGCCUUGACACAAGAUGGUUAUGAGUAUGAAACACACACUAACACGCCCACGCUGAGGUGCUCAGGCUUCACUGCCAAACGAGGAACUGCAUCUCCAGUUGUUUAGAGACAGGUUUCUCAGAGAGGUGUGGAACUGGAUUAUGGACACAGAGUUGGAUGUUCAGACUUGUGGAGAGUUAUUAUCUUAGUAAUCUGUGAACGGUUGAAGAAAAUGUCUCUCAAAUUUGUUUUUUUCUGUUUGUGUCUGUGGCACCUGCUUGGUGUGUCUGCUGUUAAGAUGGAUGAGAUGAAGUCAGCAGAAGUGAUGGAGGGAGAUUCGGUCACUCUACACACGGAUGUUACUGAAAUACGGAGCAACGAUCUGAUUCUCUGGACUUUUGGACCUAAAGACACGCACUUAGCUAAAAUCAGCAGAGCACAUCAUGAGAUCUUUCAUGACAGUGUUGAUGGGAGAUUCAGAGACAGACUGCAUCUGGACAGUCAGACUGCAUCUCUGACCAUCUCAAACACCAGCACAGAACACUCUGGACCGUAUAAAAUAGAAAUCGUCUCUGAAAACAGGGUCUCAAGCAAGACUUUCAGUGUCACUGUAUAUGCUUCUCUCUCCAUUCCUGUCAUCACCAGCUACUCUCCAUCAUCUGAAAGACCGUCAAGCUCCAAAUGUGUGCUGCUGUGUUCAGUGGUGAAUGUGACACAGGUGACUCUCUCCUGGUACAAAGAAAACAGUUUGCUCUCCUCCAUCAGCAUCCCAGAGCUCAACACCACCAUCUCUUUACAUCUGGAGGUGGAAUAUCAGGAUAACAACACCUACAGCUGUGUGAUCAACAAUCCCAUCAGUGACCAGGCUCAACAUCUCAACAUUUCUGAUUUCUGUCAGCCACAGAAAAGUUCUUGUAUUCACCGUGUCCACAGUUUUACUGAAGAUGUGAUCCGAUUGGUCAUCUCUGUCCUGGUGGGUGUGGCUACUGUUACUGUACUGAUUUAUGACAUCAAAUCCAGAAGAGUGUGACAGGACAGGAGAGCAAAUACAUCACAAAAGCUCCUCUGAUUAGUCCUAUUCUUCUUCUUACAGUUGUUUUUAUGUAAUUAUAGCUUAUAAUGGUUCCCAUGUUUUAUUGAAUUUGUAUAGUUUACUGUAUUACAUAACAUUGCAUUAGGUCAAAUAAAAAAAAAAUGUUUUAUAUAUGUUCUUUUUAAAUAUGUUUAAGUUAUCACAGAGCUGAUUUGCACAUAAGUUGUUCAUAAAUGUGUAACUUACUGAUUUGUCCUUGCAGAACAGUAGCUACCUGAAUAUAGAUUUUUGUUGUCUUUACUGUAUUAUUACAUUUAUUUUUAUUAAAAUAUAAACAGAGCCGAAUAUUGCUACAUUGUGUAGUUCAGUGGUAAUAAAUCUAAUGCUAGCUUUGGCGAGUUAUAAUUCAAUUGAAUGUAUUCCGUAAUAUAUAAUAUCUGUCAAUAAAUUUCUUCAUUAAAAAAAAAUUAUAUUAAUUAUAUUGUGUUGCAUUCAUUAUACGUGAUUAACUGAGUGAUGAUUGAGCAUUAGUGAUGAACACCUGCUGUUAACAAGCAUAAUGGAAAGAGAAACAACAAGAACAGAAAAAAAAGAGAAACACAAGAAUUACAACUGACUCACAGCCAUAUCCAUAGAUGAAAAUCAACUGAAGAUAAUAGAAUACAAGUCUCUCAAGAUCUCAGCAGAGGAGGAUUAAACAACUCGACAAACAGCAUUAACAGCUUUAUUACUAACCAGUUUAACUUUAUUUUAUUGUCUUUGCUCUUGGCUGGCAAGUGGCAUUGUGACAAUAAAUAAGCAAACAGUGAUUUAUUUAAUGAUAAUGUUUUUAAGUUUUAUGAUAUGUUUUGGGGAAAUUAUGCAUCCAGUGUUGCCAGCUCAUUUUCCUGUGAAGUUGCUAUAGGGACAUUAAUUUGUUGCUAAAAACUGCAAAAUGAUGUUGUAAAACUUUUUCUAAUCAACAAUUGUACUCUGAACUGAAUGUGUUUAAAUGAUUUGAUUUAAUUAGCUGCAUCACAUGAGUACUUGUCUGUAUGUAGAUAAGUACUGUGAUGGAAUUUUUGAACUAAUUAAUAAUGAACUAACAUUUCUUUUCUUCUACAGGCCUAAUAAUAAUAAUCUAACUUUGAAAUAGAGAAAUAGUCACUAGGACUGAGUGUUGUGAUUCAGAAAAAAUUCUGCUGUGAUGGCUAGACAGCAUCCUUUUGAGGAUAAAAAAUAGUCUUUGAGGAAUUGUUCUAACCUAUUGAGUAAUCUGAACUAUUAACCCUGAGACAUUUUUUUAUGAUCUUGUGAUUCAGUUGUUCUAAUCUAAAUUUAUGCGGGACGGAGGAACUGAGAUGUUUUCCUUAAAUCUGAACCAAUUGUAUUAAGACUGAUGAUAAUGAGUAAUAGAUCAUGCCAUACUGACUGAAAGUGUACCUGAAAUCCUAUAAAACCUGCUGUAUUCCUUUGUUCGGAGAGAGAUUCUCUGGAAUGAUGAGAACUCUCCCGGCCGUGAUUAAAGCAUAUUCUGAGGCAUAGACUGGAGUCUGUCUGGUUUUUAGGCUGCAGCAAACCUCAGCACUAGAGAUCUUUUUCUAUACUAUAGUGAUAGUGUUUAGUGGAGGUGAGGAGCACUAAAGAGCUUAGUAUCAGGUGAUAGUGCCCCAAAAUAGGCCGAGACGUCGGCCGACUCGAACAGGUAUUAAAAGGACGCUCAGUAGACUAUAAAUUUAUAGGUUUAUGGGUGUUUGGGACACCCGGGUUUAACUAAGUCAGGUGCGUAGGAAAAAUAUACCACAGUUUUGGCGAGCUUCCAGGAGCCCAAGGGAUCCUCCCUCCGUCCGUCGGUGGGGGUCAGAUAGUUUUAAAUUUGAGUAAGAGGAACUUGAUUAUUAUUUUUCCUAUUUCUGCAUUCUGCCAACUUUCAAUUUGAAGAAAAGACCCCGAGACCCCGAUCGACGGAGGGAUCCAUCCGAGACGGGCUGAAAGGACUUAAGGUUUGAGGUUAAAGCUGCUCUGCCAGUUCCAGGUGUUGGACCCCAGCACUCUUACGAGCCAGGACAGUGGGUCUGGAUCAGAGAUCUCAGGCGAAAGGCGUGGAACAACCCAAGGUGGCUAGGGCCAUACGAGAUCAUUCUAACAACAAACACCGCAAUCAAGGUCGCUGAACGUGACACCUGGGUUCACAUGUCACAUUGUAAGCCCCACCAACACGCAGAUUCAAGCCAAAAGUAGAGGGAAUCAGGGCGUACUAGUGACGAUCCCUCCUCUGCCAACGAAGGAAAGACCUUGCUACGGCUCGCAAAGAGUCAUCAAGGUGAAGAUGGAACGCUUCAGACGUCUGUGGGGCCAACGGGAUGAUCAGCGCACAUGGGAGCGGCUCUGGGCCGACAAAUUGUUUAAGUGUAGCAUAUGUGUUAUUGCAUUCAUAAGUGUGGUGAUUUUGGUUGUGCUUUUGCUUCUCUUUGAAUUUUCUACAGGGAGUGUUGCAAGUAGAGGGAAAAGGGAGGUGAUGUCAGUUCCUGUUCAUCAUGACCACUCAUCCAAUGUGAACCAGCACCAUUUUGGGUUGAAUAUGUUUUGGAAAUAUGCUAAUUACACAGCCAAACAGCAUGCACCUAACAAAAAUUGCUAUGUUUGUGCACAGGCCUCCUUCUCUGCCGCAUACCCAUAUCCAUUGUCUCCAGAGCCGGUAGAAGAUCAUGAAUUAAGGUGUAUUAUGAUUCGUAUAGCUGGACCGGGAUCGGAGUGUUCUCAAAAGAUUUUCCGAAGGGGAGAGCCCCUUGAGUGUGGGAAUGUAACCUCUGCUUCGCCAAUCCUCUCACUUAGCAGUGGAGGAAAGAAAAAGAUUUGGCCUAACCCUGGACAAAAAUUUAAAGAAUGCUACCAAUCUCGAAAGGGGGUUAAUUUUAUGGGGAUUCUUGAGGGGUGUAAGGUAAUCCAUAAUGUAAAUUGCGACAGUCCCACUGGGAUGAGUGAUCAUAUAGCGGGAGGGGCUUUCCUUCUGUAUGAUUAUUACUGGUUAUGUGGCCAUACUGCUUACCCAAGUCUGCCUGUGUCAUGGAGAGGUGUCUGUGCUUUAGUUAAGCUCAGAGCACGAAUUAGAAUUGGAUAUGUGAGUAAGAAAAGAAGGCAGAAGCGGAAUUUGGGUAAGAAGGAUGGCGAUACCUGGUGGAGACAUGAUAUUUCUGAUAUUCCGACUGAACACAGGGUGAUUGCCAAGACGGCUCAAUUUUGGAAGGCCUUUUUGAUUCACAAUGCUGUAACUGACUCCAUGAAUUGGAUUAACAGAAUUCAUUAUGAACUAUUCCGAUUUGCAAAUGACACUCAAUUGGCUUUGACAUUUUUGAAAACUGAAGUAGGAGCUCUGAGACAAAUGACUCUAGAAAAUAGGAUGGCUCUGGAUGCGAUCCUAGCAGAGGAGGGGGGAGUUUGUGUGAAAAUUGGUAAGGAAUGUUGUACUUUUGUUCCAGCUUAUGAUGCUGAUGAUGGUAGCAUUUCAAAGGUGCUGACUGACAUGACAAAGGUUCGGGAUGAUUUGUGGCAAGAUGAACAGGCCAAGAAUAAGGGGAUAGGAUGGAGUUUAGAUUGGAUCUCUGAUGCCUUCCGCAAUGCUUUUGGCAAUAUCUUCGGACCCAUACUAAAGUUUUUGGCAAUGAUAUUCGCAACCUUGCUUGUUGCAAUGAUGAUAAUUGGGUGUUUGAUGAAGUGCAUUCGAGUUGUGUUGGGAAGAUUUGUCCAAAGCAUUGUGGAAGCAAGGGAAGAAAGAGAGUAUGUGGAGUUGUUGCCAUCUAACAGGAAGGAAUACCAAAAUCUGCAGGAUAAUAAUGUGCAUCGAUUUUAAUCAAAUUUGAUCAUUUUUGAUUGAAGUAAAAUAUGAUCAAGAGAGGGGAAUGUGAUGGAAUUUUUGAACUAAUUAAUAAUGAACUAACAUUUCUUUUCUUCUACAGGCCUAAUAAUAAUAAUCUAACUUUGAAAUAGAGAAAUAGUCACUAGGACUCUAAUUCUGCUGUGCUGGCUAGACAGCAUCCUUUUGAGGAUAAAAAAUAGUCUUUGAGGAAUUGUUCUAACCUAUUGAGUAAUCUGAACUAUUAACCCUGAGACAUUUUUUGAUGAUCUUGUGAUUCAGUUGUUCUAAAUCUAAAUUUAUGCGGGACGGAGGAACUGAGAUGUUUUCCUUAAAUCUGAACCAAUUGUAUUGAGACUGAUGAUAAUGAGUAAUAGAUCAUGCCAUACUGACAGCGAAGUGUACCUGAAAUCCUAUAAAACCUGCUGUAUUCCUUUGUUCGGAGAGAGAUUCUCUGGAAUGAUGAGAACUCUCCCGGCCGUGAUUAAAGCAUAUUCUGAGGCAUA